AUGUAGUUGACGGAAGUGAAUAGCCGAUGAAUCCUGCUCCCUGUCAAAGUUGAUGAUCAACAUGGGACUGUUCGGGAAAUCGCAUCAAAAGACCCCCAAAGAAAUGGUUCAGGAAUGGACGUCAAAAAUUAGGAGAGAAGGAAAUCAGCUAGAGCGUCAAGUAAGAGCUAUUCAGCGUGAAGAGGAAAAAGUCAAACGAUCAUUAAAAGAUGCAGCAAAGAAAGGUGAAAAGGAAUCUUGCAGAGUGUUGGCAAAAGAAAUUGUAAACUCUAGAAGAGCUGUAAACAAACUGUAUGCUGCUAAGGCUCAACUCAAUUCCGUCCAGAUGAGCAUGAAGAACCAGCUUGCUACAUUGAGAAUAGCUGGAGCAUUGGAGAAAAGCACAGCAGUAAUGAACAGCAUGCAGCAGCUAAUAAAAGUGCCUGAGAUCCAAGCUACCAUGAGGGAUAUGUCCAAGGAAAUGAUGAAGGCUGGAAUAAUAGAGGAAAUGUUAGAAGAUACCAUGGAGGGUCUGGAACCUGAGGACUUGGAGGAGGAAGUUGAUGCUGAGGUGGAGAAGGUGUUAUUUGAUCUCACUGCUGGUGAGCUGGGUAAAGCUCCAGCUGCUGUGGCAGACUCUUUGCCGACAGAAGAGCAAGGAGCUACAGCUGCUGUCGAGGAUGAGGAAGAAGAGGAUGUAGAGGAGAUGAAGGCGCGUCUGGAGGCACUGAGGAGUUAGUCCUGUACCUCCAGCUCAUGUGUUUAGAGACACUGAGGAGUUUAUAGUCUUGUACCUCCAGUUCAUUAUACGUGUUGGGAGGCACUGAGGAGUCAGGUCAUUUUACGUGCUUGGAGACACUGAGGAGUUUAUAUUCUUGUGCCUCCAGUUCAUUACGUUUUUUAGGCACUGAGGGGUUAGUCCUGUACCUCCAGCACAUUAUACGUGUUUAAGGCACUGAGGAGUUAGUCCUUUACCUACAGCACAUUAUAUGUGUUUGGAGAGACUGAGGAGUUUAUUGACCUGUACCUCUGGCUCAUUAGGCAACCAUCAUUAGAGGAUGCUGAUUUAGAGGGAUUGAAGGCAUGUCUGGAGGCUUUGAGGAGCUUAUAGUGCUGUACUUCCAGCUCAGUAAGCAACUUUCAGCUCCAGAAUGUACCUUCGGCCUUUAUCCUCAGACAGCUGACAUUUUGCCCUUAAUCUUCAACUUUGACCACAUCUUCACUGCGGCAUAAUACUUGUACAUCUAAAUCUUGGGACUCCAUUUUCUUAAUAUGAAGAGAGUAUAAACGGAGUAUAUUUAUAACAGUGAAAGUUCCAGGAAUGUUGGGCCCAGAGUUUUGAUGGAAGUAAGAAACAGUAGUGAGCUUCUCAGUGGAAGCUCAGUGAUGUAGCAGUAUCUGUAGCUGCAGUUAGUAGACAUUCAGAUCUGGUGUCAAUAAAUAUAGAAUUAGGCAGAUCUCAAGGAAAGGUUAAUUUCAUCUUCACUUUUGUGAUUCGUUUGACAUCCUAGUAUCAGCAAAAUUAUUCGUUUUUCUAUUUAACAUGAAUUUUUAGCAAACUGUAUAUAUUCUCUCACCAAUGGGGUCGCUGUGAGUUAAGUCCAGCUCAUGCUGGCUUCCUCUCCGGCCGUACGUGGGAAGGUCUUCCAGCAUCCUGCAGAUGGUCGUGGAUUUCCCCUGGGCCCCGCCCAGUUUCCUCCCACCAUAAUGCUGGCCACUGUUGUAUAAGUGACAUAUUCUUGAGUAGGGUGUAAAACACUAAUCAAAUAAAUAUAUUUUCAGACUUGUGACAUCCUCUUUUUCUCUGGAAAUGUGAAAGAACUGAACUUAUUUUCAGCCACUCAAUAGUUACUGCUUCGCAAAAUCAUUACCACACACAGCACCAAGCAGGAAAAACAGCUCUAUAUACAGUGUUUAUGUGUACUGACACAGUACAUUUUGGAUUGUAUUUUAAGACAGACAAGUGGAAGCCAGUAUAAGCCUGUUGAAUGAGGUGAACUGCAAGCUAUGAUUAGUAAUCAGUGAAUGCUAAAAGAAUGAAAUUUCUCCGAAAUUUUUGAGAUGAGGAUGAUUUAUGUUUUCAUAAUAGCUCUGUUUAAUUUAAAGCAUGUCAUAAGCUUUUAAGCACACUAAGUCUGUACACAGUAUACUUGAUCACACUGCUUCUACUCGCUCAUAAUGCUCAAGCUGCCCUAGUAGUAAAGUGAGUCCAUUGGUGUCAAAUUAUUCUUAUUUAUAGCUUUCUUUGUGGAUUUUACACUUUGAAAGCUACAGACAUUCUGUUUGUGUGUGUGAACAGUGUCCAUUUUCUCCUUUUAUGUCCUGUUCCACAACACAUGGAAGGGUUAAAGAUGUAGAUUGCUUGGGUGUUAUGCAAGGGUUAUUUGUAUGUAUUGAUUCUGUAUGUAAUUUCUAUUUUACAUACCUGUUCUGGAACAUUCUGUGUACAUAUGUAUUAUAAAGCUUAAUACCAGAGAAUACUAUAAAUGUAGACUGCUUAAUACCAGAGAAUACUACUAUUGUAGACUCCUAAAUUCCAGAGAAUACUACUGUUGUAGACUGUAAAUGCCACACAUGUACCUUAUCCACCUGCUUCAAGAUUGGGCAUUCUAUUACAGCUAAAUUUCUCCAUGCAUUAAAUACCCUUUGUGUAUGAUCAAUACUUGAAGAGUACAUGUCAUAUAAUGCUCAAAUUUCAGCCUUGUGGUAUUAAAAGAAUGGAGCAAUCUUUGUUUAUGACAAUAUAAUUUUCCCUGAACCCUGGAAAUCAACAAGGUACAUGUAAUUCUCUGUUUAGAGAGUUGUAUAAAUUGUGUAUAUAGUGACAUGUAAAUUAUAAAUCUUGUUUUUAGUUAUUUAUUGCUUUUUGUUAUUUCUAGCUUGCCAGUGCAAAGUACAGGCAUAGCUUAUGUGAUAGCCUGAGCAUUGGCCUCUGCAUCCCAUAACAGAAAAAGAAUGUUAAGGUAUGUCAACAAGUAUUGCAUGUGUUGAGCUUAAGUUUUGCAUUUAGUCCUGUAAAGAACAAUACAUUAUUAAUUAAGGAGGGCAUUCCGUUAUUGAAUUGCAUGCAUAUUAGUUACAUGCAUUAUAAAAUUCCUAACCUUCACAUCUUGUGUAUUAAAGUCCAUGUUUAAUAAGGUUUCAGUACAUCAUGCAUGAAGCUGAAGAUUCGAAUCCAAGCUCUUUUGUAGCAGUCUACAGAAUUUUUAGUGUUACCUGCAAUGUUUUCAUGAAGGAACAAUUUAUCAGUCAUAUAUUGACGAAGGAAUCCUUAUGGUGUAUGUAAUGUGCCUCCUUGUAGGAGGACAGAUUUCCACCACUCUUUUAUGUAGUGCUGCUUCACUGAGAUGACUUACCGAAGGCAAGCAAGCUGCCCCGCCGGAGCCAUUAUAAUGUUUCGGGUCAACCAGUUGUUGCACUAUCCCCCUUCAUGCUGAACGCCAAGCGAGGAAUUUACAACUUC